CUGACUGGAGCGGCACCACACGGUACAUUUCUCAUUAGGAUCUUGUGAGGCGAUGACUGGCCCGGCUCACAGCGCAACCCGCGCUUAAAGAGUACCUGCUUGGAUACCUCACUCUCCCUCCCUCCCUAUAUAUGUCCAUCCCUCCUCUAGUCCGCCGCCGUUAUGGAGAAAUCAUUGCCGCUCUCUGCUCAAGCAGCUCCGCCCGCGCCCCAGCCUCGAUCAUCAUGGCCCAAGACGCUGGCUGUCAUGGGCCUGGUCGUCCUGGCUGCUUUCUAUCACCAUCCUCACCUCCCUAGCAUCGAGUACGACGGAAUCCGCGAGCAGUAUUACGACGCGCUCACCGGCGGCGUGAUGCGAUACCGCGCCGAGUUUCCCUACGGCCGGUUCCCUCUCCCCGACGACCCAUUCCGCUUCGUUCCCUGCACGAACGCGACCCUACCGCCGCCGCUCGACGAUGCCCACCCGGAGCGAAGCUGGGCCCGCCUCUUCGACCCCGAUCCUGAGCAUUGGAGCUGGGGAAAGACGACCACGACGCGUGACGCGCGAGCUGGCCAUGACCCAUAUGCCGAGAGGGGUAUCUACUUGUGCGGAUAUCUCGAUGUUCCUCUAGACUACACCAACCAGUCCGAUCUCCGCAUCGUCCGACUCGCUGUCACGAAAUACCAGGUUUCCGGCCUCGCAAGGGUUCACCCUGUCGUCGGUACCCGUUCCCGACUACCCGCGGGGAGCAAGAGCGAACGCACGAUCGUCAUUGAGCCUGGCGGGCCGGGAGGGAGCGGAACAUCGUACGCCUGGAGGGCUGCGGAGGACAUCACAAAAAGGCUCAGCGACGGGAAGUUCGAUGUCUUAGGGUGGGAUCCGCGCGGCGUCAACACGACCUCGCCCUCCGUGGCGUGCUAUCCCCAUGACGCCGAUCGAGACCGCUGGUCGAUGUUGACUGGGCAGUAUCGCGAGGUGUCCGGGUCGCUCGACGGCCAACUCGAGCUCGCGGAUGCCAUGAACGACGCCAUAUUUCGGGCGUGCUGGGAGAGGCACGGCGACUUAGGGCGGUUUGUCGGCACGGCGUUCGUCGCGCGCGACAUGGAGGAGAUCCGCAAGGCGCUCGGCGAAGAUGAACUAACCGGUUAUCUCGUCAGCUACGGCACCGGUAUCGGCCAGACAUGGGCCAACAUGUUCCCGCAUAGCGUCGGUCGUGUGAUACUCGACGGCACUGAGUACGUCCGAGACCACCGUCUCCUCGGCGGCUUCGGGUGGACCGCGCUUGAUAACGCCACCGAUGCCUGGCACGAUGGAUUCCUUGGAGAGUGUCUGAAAGCCGGGCCGGAGCACUGCGCAUUAUCGCAGCCGAGGGGACCUAAUCCGGUGACCCUAGAAGGGCUCGAGGAUAGAAUGCACACGUUAGUAUCGUCGCUCAUCCAACGGCCCAUCGUAGGCUACGUCGAAUCGAGUGGCCCGGCAAUCGUUACGUACUCUGCUCUCGUCGCUGCUAUCUACGGCGCCCUGUACAAUGCCCAGAGCUGGCCCGCACUCGCGCAGAUGCUGUUCGAGCUAGAAGGCGGCAACUCGACCCUAGCGUCGGCAUUUUUGGAUCGCACGACGUGGGAGUACGAUCCUGCGCUUCCAUCUCUGCCUUUCCGGAGGCCGUCGACCGACGAGCUGGGCUACCUGGUCAUAUGCGCCGACUCCUACGACGCGCCCCUGCCGUCCGACGGCCUCGUCUGGUGGCAGUCGCUCUGGGCCAACAUGACGGGCCAGGCGUGGAUCUCGGGCAACUCGCGGUUCUUCAACGUGUUUCCCUGCCGGCACUUCCAGACCUACUGGCCGCGGCCGGCUGAGGUGUACCGGGGGGACCUGAACCACACGCUCCGGAACCCGGUGCUGCUGAUCGCGGAGACGUACGACCCGGCGACGCCACUGCGCAACGGGCGGCGGCUCGCAGCGGAGAUGGGCCGCAACGCGCGGCUCAUCGUGCACCACGGCUACGGGCACUCGUCGCGGGACAAGUCCGCGUGCACGGAUGCGGCCGCUCGGGCCUUCAUCUUGGAGGGCACCCUACCCGAGGACCCAGAGACGGCGUGUUACGCCGACGAGAAACCCUACCUCUACGGCGUGACUGCGACGGAAACCGGCGCCGGGUCCGCCGCCCAAGAUCCCGUCGAGGCCUGGCGCGAACAUGUCCGGGAGCUGGCGUUGUGGAAUCUUCGCCUGCUCCCUAACUGAACUGUUUUGACUCGAUUAGAGAAAGAGAGGGGAGUCCGAAUCUAGUGUUUUUUUUUUCUCAACAUCUAAGAUACCAUUUUCGGUUAUGUCACCAUACCAUCUCUGUGAAGUACGUCUUAAUUCAUAACGUGUGCGUAGGUCAAAUCACGUAUAUCCAGGAGCCUAAUUACUUCAGAGCGGCGAUCUUUAUAACCUCUCUACGGAACAU